AUGUUGCCUAAAGUUCUCCUGAUGCUUCUCAACAUGUUCCUGGCCCUUCAGUGGAGGGUUGGACCUCAUGUUAAACUGGAGAAUAAACCCCCUGACCAAGAUAAGGUAGUCUUUGGCCCUCAGCCUCAGCCUGUGCCACAGCCUCUGACUCCACCUGAAUCUCCUGCAAGAGAUGAUGUAGUCUUCGACCCUCAGCCCCAGCCCCAGGCGGAAUCUCCUGGCCAUGAUGAUGUAGUCUUUAGUUCCCAGCCCCAGCCAAUGCCUCAGCCCCAGCCAAUGCCUGAGCCCCAGCCAAUGCCAGAGCCUGAGCCGCAGCCACAGCCUCAGCCUCAGCCUCAGCCACAGCCACAGCCCCUGGCUGGGCGCCAGCCUCUGCCCCAACCCCUGCCUUGGCCCCUGCCUCAACCACAGCCAGAGCCGGAGCCAGAGCCGGAGCCAGAGCCUGAGCCGGAGCCAGAGCCGGAGCCAGAGCCUGAGCCGGAGCCGGAGCCGGAGCCAGAGCCUGAGCCGGAGCCAGAGCCGGAGCCGGAGCCUGAGCCUGAGCCUGAGCCGGAGCCGGAGCCGGAGCCGGAGCCUGAGCCGGAGCCUGAGCCGGAGCCGGAGCCGGAGCCGGAGCCUGAGCCGGAGCCGGAGCCGGAGCCGGAGCCGAAGCCUGAGCCUGAGCCGGAGCCGGAGCCGGAGCCGGAGCCGGAGCCGGAGCCGGAGCCGGAGCCAGAGCCAGAGCCUGAGCCCCAGCCUCAGCCUCAACCUCUGGCUGGGCGUCAGCCUCUGCCCCAGCCUCUACCUUGGCCACUGCCUCUGCCUUUGCCCGAGCCCCAACCUGAGCCUCAGCCAGAUCCCCAACCCGAGCCUCAGCCAGAACCUCAACCUGAGCCCCAACCAGAACCCCAACCUGAGCCCCAGACCCCACAUGAGCCCCAGACCCCAGGUCAUGUCCAGGCUGGGCACCAACCCCGGCCCAGACCUCAGCCUGAUCCCCAGCCCCAGCCUGAGCCUCAGGCUGAGCCCCGGCCGGAGCCUGAGUCGGAGCUGGACCUGGAGCCUGAACCGGAGCCCCAGCCGGAGCCAGAGCCGGAGCCGGAGCCGGAGCCGGAGCCUGAGCCUGAGCCUGAGCCUGAGCCUGAGCCUGAGCCUGAGCCUGAGCCUGAGCCUGAGCCUGAGCCGGAGCCGGAGCCUGAGCCGGAGCCUGAGCCUGAGCCUGAGCCUGAGCCUGAGCCUGAGCUGGAACCGGAGCCCCAGUCCCAGCUGGAGCCUCAACCUUGUGGAAAGAAGCUUCCAGUGGAAGAAACAGAACUCUCUGCUGAUUGCAUGACUGAAGGCCCAGGUUGGAAACUGACAAGAGCUUCUCAAAUCCUUAACACCAUCCUGAGCAACUAUGAUCAUAAACUGCGCCCAGGCAUUGGAGAAAAGCCAACUGUGGUCACUGUUGAAGUCUUUGUCAACAGCCUUGGGCCUAUUUCCAUCCCAGACAUGGAAUAUUCCAUUGACAUCAUCUUCUACCAGACCUGGUAUGAUGAGCGUCUUCGUUACAAUGACACCUUUGAGACCCUUAUUCUGCAUGGCAACGUGGUGAAACAGUUGUGGAUCCCGGAUACCUUUUUUAGGAAUUCUAAGAGGACCCAAGAGUAUGAUAUCACCAUACCCAACCAGAUGGCUCUCAUCCACAAGGAUGGAAAGGUGUUGUACUCAGUUAGGAUGACCAUUGAUGCAAGAUGCUCACUCCACAUGCUCAAUUUUCCAAUGGAUUCUCACUCUUGCCCUCUGUCUUUCUCUAGCUUUUCCUAUGAUGAUCGUGAAAUGAUCUACAAAUUGGAGAAUUUCAAGCUUGAAAUUAAUGCGAAGAACACUUGGAAGCUAUUGGAGUUUGAUUUUACAGGAGUGAACAACAAAACUGAAAUCAUCUCUACCCCAUUUGGUGACUUCAUGGUCAUGACAUUCUUCUUCAAUGUAAGCAGGCGGUUUGGCUUCAUUGUCUUUCAAAACUAUGUCCCUUCUUCUGUCGCCACAAUGCUUUCCUGGGUCUCCUUCUGGAUCAAGAUAGAAGCUGCUGCUGCCAGGGCCUCUGUAGGGGUCAGUUCUGUGCUCACCAUGGCCACGCUGGGCACCUUUUCCCGUAAGAAUUUCCCUCGCGUCUCCUAUCUCACAGCUUUGGACUUCUAUAUUGCAAUUUGUUUCGUCUUGUGCUUCUGCACUCUACUAGAGUUUGCUGUGCUCAACUUCCUGACCUACAAUAAUAUUAAACAGCAGGCUUCUCCAAAGCUCUACCAACUUCCAACCAAUAGCCGUGCUAAUGCACGCACUCGCGCUCGUGCACGCACCCGUGCUCGUGCUCGUGCCCGUGCCCGUGCUCGUGCACGCCAGCAGCAGGAAGUGUUUGUGUGUGAGAUUGUCACCUAUGACGAAAAUGCUGAAGAGGUAUAUCAGUGGUCUCCAAGAUCGAGACGACCUCAGUGUCCCUGGAGGCAGUGUGGCAGAAGCUAUGUGUGCUUCAGGGUUCUCAGGAAGUAUUUCUGCAUGGCUCCUGGUUGUGAGGGCAGCAGCUGGAAGAGGGGCCGCAUCUGCAUCCAUGUUUAUCGUCUGGAUAACUACUCGCGGGUGCUUUUCCCCAUUACAUUCUUCUUCUUUAAUGUGCUCUACUGGCUGAUUUGCGUUAACCUGUAG